AUGCUGCAACUCUCCCGGCGCAUACGGGAGGCGUGCCAGCAGCGUCUCGGGGCCGGUCCCGACGAGGAGCAGCGGCCUGCGGAGGAACCGACACCGCCGCUGGCCACGUUGCUGCGGCGCCUUCGCGCCGAGGCGAGCGAGGCGUCUGUGCGGCAGCCGCUGGGGGCCGCGCUGCCGGCGGCGGCGACACCGCCGAAGCCGUUGAAGCCGGUCCUCUACCCCACCCCGGACGGUGCGCUUCGCCCGGCGUCUGUGGCGCCCGAGCGUCCGCGGGACUCGCGACGGGAAAAGUCAUCGCCGAGGGUGCAGGGCGCGGAGGACGCCGGCGUUGCUGCGUGCAUCCCGUCGCCGUCCUUUACGGCCUCCGUGGAUGACGACGCGGAGGCGCCGCUGCGACGACGGCCUUCGCUGGCUGCAGCCGUUGACGGCGGCCUCAUGGAGACACUGAGCUGCGUCUGCGCACCCGCCGCGGUGGGCUCUGAGACCAAAGCAGCGACCUUUACGUUGGAGGAGCGGGUGGAAGCACUCUACACUAUCGUUUAUUUGGUGUUCCACGUCGAGAGCGUUGGGCGCCGUGUGCGACUGGAUGCCGCUGCGGCAAGGCGAAGAAGCAACGAGGAAACUAUGGGCAACGCCUCGUUCAUUUGCAAAAUUGACCUCUUGCAGUUGUCUGCGACGGCAUGUGAUCUUUUGAGGCGUGUUGUGGGGUGGGCAUGGGGAGCCGGCGGGGCACCUGGUGAGGAGGAGAGCGGCGAGGGGGUUGAAGCUGCAGGGGAAGCGCAGGCGGUGCGUGCCCUCGUCGCCGUUUCCAACGCGAUUUCUAUUCUGCUCGGCUGUCGUAGUCUACGCCACUGGCAGCAGGAGUCGGAGGCGGAGGCGGAGGCCUGGGAGCUGGAGGCGGAGGCUGCAGGGCAGGAGCUGGGUUGCUGCCUGUGCUGUGACGCGGAUUCACUGUCGUCGCGGUCUCUUCUGGCGGCGCUCACGGAGCAGGGGUUGUGGCAGUACCUGCUGCGCCACGUGGCUUUUUCCGUCUUGCCGAGGUUGGGCGCUCCGUGUGAGCAGCACGCCUCCCACGUGGAGGGGCCCGCCGCGGGGGAGGAGGCAACGGACGUUUCAGGGGCCCGGCGGGUCGCACGCACGUUUGGCGUGCAGCUGACACUUAAAAUGAUGGCGCUGCUGUUUUUGCGGAGCACCGCUGCGGCAGAGCCGGACCUCUCGGGCGUCUUGUGUCGCCUCACCCCAGCAGAGGAGGAGGAGCUGGAUGCACGCUGGCACCGUGCCUUCCCACGGGUCUGUGAAGGGAGUCCCCGCCGCCAACUCUCUUCGCUGGAGAAGCAGCUUGUGUUCACGCUACAGCAACUCUCAGGUUUCCUGGUGUUUCGCCGCUUCGCGUGCUACGCGGCGAAUGCGAUGCAUUUCCUACUGACACGCUUGCUGUUUCUGCCUGCCCCCGCACACGUUGACGUCCGUGCCGUCCUGCUGGGCGUGUUCUUUGCGGACGAGCACUCUUCUUCCUCCCUGCCGCAUGCGCCUGCUGCGACGCAUGAAACGACGACGACGACGACGACGACGGCUUCCGGCCAUCGCCGUCCAGACGACUCUUCUGCCGGUGGGCGAAACCCCACAUCGACGCUGGUGGUUUCCCGCGCCCUUAACCACCUCCUGCACCUCGUCUCCUUCAACCUCGCCCUGCAGCGCGGGGAGGUGGGCCGCGCCGCCCCCGCGAAACCGGGGUCCGGGUAUUGCACGGCCGCAACAGGCACCAAACUGACCCUCGCGGCGGCACUGCUGUCCGUCGUGCUGCUGCUGGAAGCGAGCCCGCGAAAAGGCAACGGGGGGGUGGAGGAGGAGCAUGGGCCUCCAUGUGCGUGCGGUGGGGUUUCCGUUGCAACGGUGAUGGCGCGGCACAACGUGUACAAAUGCUGCGAGGAAUCACCGGGGUUUCAGACGGCGGUGUCCGCCGGCUUGGGUCGAACCCAUCAAGUGAUUCUUUUUCUGUCCGCCGUUGCUGCCCGGGGCGAUGACUCCGUUGCCGCUGCUGCUCUUGUGCCCGUAUCCACGCUGCGUCUUGAAGGAACACGCUUACUGGCGUUCUCGCACCUGGUUCACCCCAACCCCCCUCUCCCCGCGGCCUUGCAUCGGAAGGCGGUGGAGUCGGAGGCGUGGGCCGAGACACUCACCGUCGGCGUCCGCAGCUCAGCCUCCAUCACCGCCGCCGCACAGCGGCGGCGCAGGAAAGCAGAGGCAAGUUUUUCCUGCACUCUAACGUGCCCCGUGUGGCCGGGAACUCUGAAGCGUGAACAUGAGAGAUGCCCGGGCGUGCGACACGGCGGCGGUGGCGUGGGUGAUCGGGCCCUUCAGGUGUAUGUGAAGGCGCCUCAGCUGGAGGAGUUUGCCGGCGCAAACACGGCUAAUGGCGGCGGCGCCCAAGCGGCAGCGGCUGCCACCCCGGAGGAGUCUCCACCCCCCAUGUUUUUUGGGUAUGAACCCGUGAGUUUAAGGGGCAUCUCGCACGCAGUUGGCGGCGGCAGCAGUAAUCACAAUAACACCGGUGGAAUUGCUGGUGGCAACGUGCCCUCCGCGCCUUCCUCCCUGGAGAAGAAGAUGCCGCCGUGGAGGCUGGACACCAUCUUUGUGAGCCGGGACGCUCGAAGCCCGACCUGCGUGGUUCACAACAUGCCAUGCACCUCCUCGCUUCAGCGCAGUACAAUGACGUACACCGCAGCCGCUGAUUUGACGAUCGUGAGAGUACCAUGCGAAGGGGAUGCUGACGCCGAGGCAGAGGCGCAGCCCUUUGACGCCGUCAUCCUUGCCUGCAGCACAAAGUAUGGUGAUGAGCUUCAGCUCCUCUCGCAGCCACCACAUAAAUUUAUUCUCUCCAGACACGAGGAACAAGAGAGGGCCUCCUCAAAGCUGCGUGGGAGAAGCGAGGAAGGGGAGCUCUCGCAGUCCCGGCGUGAUCGCCGUCGAAGAGCGGCGCGGCGGCGGCGGCGACCAUCGCCGUCUUGGGCAGGACCCAAACGAGGAAAAGUUCUCCUCUGCAGUGUGUCGCGUCGUGAGCAGGAGGCUGCCGCGCAGCACUCCCCGUCCGGCACGGGGAAGAGCCCGCCACUCACGAAAAAGGAAUUGGGUGCUUCGAGUGGAAAUGACUCGGGGGGGCAAAGAGGCCAUUCCUGCCGGGGCCAUGGCAGUGACAGCGACAGCGACGAGCGCCACCGCAAGCAACACCCGUACGAUGAUGACAAGGUGUUCACAGACCUGGAUGCCUAUGUGGCCAGCAUAAAACCGGUGCAGGCGGUGGACGUUGGCCUGCAACGCAGGGAGCAGGAGGCGGCGCUGCUGCAGCAGCAGCUGGAGCAAUCAAAGGCGCGCGAGGAGGCACUGCGGCAACGACUCCAAGAGGUCACGGAGCAGCGUGAGGAACUGAUAAGCGCCCUGGCGGACCGACGUGUGGAGGUUGAGCUCUGCCACAGCGAGAUCAUUGCGCCCCUGCGAAGGGAGGUGACGCUGCUUCGACACUCGCUGAGUUUGAGAAACCAAGAAAUGAGCUCCGUCAUCUCGCUUUGCCACACACUGCGGGGCGAAAAUGCGUCCAUGGCCGCGGUUGUACAGGACGUGCGCAGUAACUUGGAGAAUUUGGUUCAAAAUGCAAAGAAUCACAAACACGGUGGUUAA